CAUUAUUUCACCAACCUGUCCAACUUGAAUCCUAAUUCAGUUCAAUCUCUACAGUUUACAAAGCGGCCAAACCAUGUCAGACACCAAUGAAAACACUCCCAUGCCUGGUGAUAGCCUCCCAAACACAAGCCAACUUCCUCCCCCCAUCGCCCGCAACACAAUAUCGAAUGCAAAUGAGCCUCACUUGGUCGACCCGUCGAACCAGACCACCUACGAGAAGAGACUCUAUAUGAAUUCUUGUGCUCCCAAGGAUGGGCUCAUACACAGUGUUCUUGUUUCAUCACUCAGAUCGAGCCGAUGAAAGAAGCCAUCUCACGCGUUUUCUACUCGCAAGGUUUGUAACACCGUCCAAGUACAGUGUCUCCACGAGCAGUGUGAGAUGGAAUUUUCAGAGCAUUUCCCAGCUCCUGGAAGUGAUACCGAGCAACCAGAUCUGCAGAUGCAGCUGAGACUCAAUGAGGGUCGAAGGGCGAUUGGCGAGCGCAUUUACCUUUCCAUAGACACCAUGGGCAGGGGUGUUGAUGAGGAGAAAACCACUUGAGUGGACGGUCAAAUGCUCUAAGAAGAGAAGGCCCAGCAGGAAUAUGUGUGGGCUGAGAACAAGAACAAGGUUGAAUAGAUAUAUCCGAAAUCUUGCGAAGGCACAAUGGAUCUGUCGAGUUCGAAUUACUAUGACGAG